ACGUGAUCGCCGACUGCUCGGAAUGCGUGCUCCGCUCCGUAUCCUCUUUGCGUACACGUCGGGGAAGGAGCUCGAUAUCGUGAGAUAUAUAGAUUGGUCAAGUCAGCUGACGCCAGGAUGCAAUCGCCCGUUGUUCGCGGACUGUAAUGCGAUCGUUCCGUAAUCGCGUAAAGUCGUAAGGAUCGCUUUCGUUGAAGGAAGCGCGCGUUCUCUCCUCUCGCGCGAAUCGAGUUGGGUGCGAGAGGAAUUUGCACACACUUGAAUAUUAGCCAGAGAUCAAAGGAGGCCACCAUGCCGCUCAGUGCAGAUAUAUCUACAGCGCUCCACUUGCUGGAGCACGUGCAGGAACGGGUGGAAGACUGCGAUGAUCCUAAGCUACAGAUGCAUACGUCACAGGAUCUGAAGUCACUAAUUUCCUUGUUGGAGGAUCCGGUAUUUCGCAGCAUAGUCACCAUUCAGGAUUCCUUAAUCGAAUUGAAUACACAAUUGACACAUCACCCAUCUAUCUUACCUGGUGAUUUUGACAUUAAUAUCAGCGGACAGUUGGAGCUUUCUGUUCCGAGUACUCCAGUGCAAUCUCUUGGACCAAACAUGUAUCAAGAUCUGUAUCAAGAUAGCAGCGAACUCGAAGAUCAGAGAGUUCCCGUUGCUCCAUUAUUGCAUAGCAGCAGCGAGGACACAAGCGCACAGGUUACUAGCCCCAGUCUUGUUUCAGAAGUUAUGGGAAUGCCGCCUAUAACUACUCCUACUUAUGCAAAGGAGUUUAAAAAAGUCAUUGAAGCUGCAGCACGAGGACGACAAAUAUUUACAGUGCAGUUGUAUAAACCAGAAGGUACCAGUUUGGGAUUCAGCGUGGUUGGACUUCGUAACAAAGAUAAGGGCGAGCUUGGAAUAUUUCUACAAGAGAUACAACCAAAUGGUAUCGCGGGCUGCGACGGUCGACUGUUAGAGGGAGAUCAGAUAUUGGCGAUCGAUGGCCAGCCCCUAGACUCGAACAUCUCCCACGAUCAGGCGAUCUCGAUUCUUCAGAAGGCCCGUGGUCUGGUUGAGUUAGUUGUAGCAAGAAACGCCCAAGACGUUGGGGGCUCUUUGCCAACGGAUGAAUUGUCCGGUGGUUCGAGUUCGACAGCGGCCGCAGGAGCAGCGUCGUCCAUCAUCGACGACGGCGGCGUUGCCGGUACUGGGAACAACCAGACAAGCUCCGACAAGGAUCAAUCGGUGUCAGCGUCGUCCACCGUCGUUACACCGGGACCGACUCCGAAGUCAAGCCAACCGGCCAGCACCACUUCGGCGGCGACCCCGACUCCCACGCAUACGCCAAUACCCACGCCGACCUCGACACCGAUACCUAGAGGCCUCGUUAUCGAAAGGAGCCCCUCCGCCGUCAGCGACGCCUCCAAGAGUGGCUCUGACAUGGUGUUGAAUACGGAAUGGGCUCAAGUUGAAGUGAUAAAUCUCAUCAACGAUGGCAGCGGUCUUGGAUUCGGCAUCAUCGGCGGACGUAGCACCGGCGUCGUCGUCAAAACCAUUCUUCCAGGAGGCGUUGCCGAUCGCGAUAAUCGACUCCAGAGCGGGGACCACAUAUUGCAGAUCGGCGAUGUCAAUCUCCGUGGGAUGGGAAGCGAACAAGUUGCCGCGGUUUUACGACAAUCGGGCACCCACGUGCGGCUGGUUGUCGCACGACCUGUGGAGCCGACUUCCCCGGAUUAUCAGGCCCUCGGAAGUCACGCCCCGAUCGUACCUACGAAAAUCCUGGGGGACCCGGACGAGCUGGACCGACAUCUGGUGCACAGCGUGCCGGAGAGCUACAACAUGCGACACGUGCAGAGGGGCGACAGCAGCUACGACAACGGUUACAUGUACUCGCAGGAGUCCGACAUUGAAAUGCACGCAAGACCCGGUCUCAUCAUGGACGUGGUACGCAACCCAAUGCCAAUUGGAGCGAUGCCAGUUAUACCGGCGGUGCCACUUCCGGUGCAGCUCCAGGAUCUCCCGGUGCUCACCAUGGAGCCCCUCGACAUUAAUUCACUGCCAGAAAUGGAGCGCUUCGAGGUCGAUCUCACGAAGGACGCUUACGGCCUCGGAAUCACUAUCGCUGGAUACGUUUGCGAGAAAGAGGAGCUCUCUGGCAUCUUCGUUAAGAGCAUUAGCGAGGGUAGCGCGGCCGACUUGAGUAAUAAGAUCCAGAUUAACGACCGAAUAGUCGAGGUCGACGGGCACUCCCUGCAGGGUUACACUAAUCACGAAGCCGUUGAGGUGUUAAGACGUACGGGGCAAACUGUGACCCUUUGCUUGGAGCGAUACCUUCGUGGACCAAAGUUCGAGCAGCUUCAACAAGCGAUCGCUGCGAGCGAAUUGAGAUUACCUCAGCCGAGUUCACCGUCGAUAACGAGCCUACCUAGUUUUCCUAUGAGCGCAGAUGGUGAAACUACCACUGAAAUAGAGCCAGAAGGUGAAUCCCAUACCACUGUAGAUAGCGCGGUUUUGCAAGAAGGAGAACGUUUAAGAAUAUCGGAUGAGCAGGACGAAGCGACCAAUGUUGAAGCUCUUUUGAGUGAUCCUUCCAGCGAGCUCACACCUCAAAUUCGCGCGGCGAUCAAAGCGAAGUGGCAAAAGAUCGUUGGACCCGACACCGAGAUAGUGGUCGCUCAGUUGAAGAAGUUUGCCGAAGGUAGCGGUCUCGGGAUUAGCUUAGAGGGAACGGUCGACGUGGAGAAUGGUCAGGAAGUAAGGCCUCAUCACUAUAUACGUUCGAUUUUACCGGAGGGCCCCGUCGGACAGAAUGGCACGCUACGCUCCGGCGAUGAGCUACUUGAGGUAAACGGCUACCGUUUAUUGGGCAUCAAUCACAUGGAAGUGGUUAGCGUGCUGAAGGAGUUGCCUAUACACGUUCGCAUGGUUUGCGGAAGAAACAUCGCUUCGCAAGAUCCACUUUGUCCCAUCGACACCGCUCAACAUCAGGCGGCUUUCCAGACUAGAAGCAUCCUUGGUGGGUCUCUGCAAAACUUGUUGCCCACAAUGGAUCGCCUUGUGAAGGCAAAGUCGGACGGUUCCUUGGCUUCGACGACGACUACGGCCACGGUGACCGACGCGAGUCUGAAUAAAAUGAAGUCGCGCUCGUUGGAACCGCUGACCGGUCUGGCGAUGUGGAGUUCCGAACCGCAAAUUAUCGAAUUGGUUAAAGGAGAGAGGGGCCUUGGGUUCUCCAUUUUGGAUUAUCAGGAUCCAAUGAACCCCAACGAAACUGUGAUAGUAAUACGAUCGCUCGUGCCUGGCGGAGUGGCACAGGUCGACGGGCAAUUAAUACCCGGCGAUCGGCUUCUGUUUGUGAAUGACAUCGGAUUAGAGAACGCAACACUGGACCAGGCCGUGCAGGCCCUCAAAGGCGCCCCGAAGGGGACUGUUCGCAUCGGCGUGGCCAAGCCGCUGCCAAUACCAGAUAGUAUUGUCCAGAGCUCUACUACCAUUCCACUACUGUCUACUACUCACUGGCACCUUUCUUCACUAUUAUCAAGAGGCUCUCGUGGGGAUCGAUACAGCGAAGCAUAAGCGCCGAGGCGGAUGCAUUUCCCGUGCGAGUUAUAUCUUUACUGCAGUUACCGACCAAAAAACCAAAAUAGAGAUAGAAAAUAAAAGUUACCAUGAUCAAGCACUAUGUCCUCGUUUAUGCCCAUUUUAAUAAUAACGUUAUUAAUCCAAGAGAGCAAGGAGCGUAUAAUUUAACACGGAAAA